GAAUACCUAAACUAAAAGACGCGUCAGCCAUCAUUGCUUGUUCAUGCUCUCGUUGUAGUGUUUCAUAUUUUGUAUUUGUGCCAAGUGCAGCAGCGAUGGGGAUCUAGUGGGCCUUUUUUCCCGCACACGCAAGUGUGCCCAGCACAAUUAUCAUAAUGGAAGCCACCAUGGCGCUUUAUUUACAAGCUCGCCUUAUCGAGGCAGAACAAAGCAACUUAAACGAUCUUUCUCAGUAUUUAAACGAAGGAAACCGCCGCCGCGAUGAUGAUCACCGCACCGUCGUCAGCGGAGUGGAAGCAGGAGCCGGCGUCCCCUCAGAAUUUUGAGGAGGCGCUCGCUUCCGAGUUUAUAGAUCUCUAUGGAUCAUCUUUAGACGAAGCUAUCGAAUCGGUAGAAUCGGAAUUGAGUUCGUGCGAUUCUAAGGCGCAAGUGGCCGGCAAACUUUUGGAAGGCUUGGAGCGGCUCGAAAAUUUGGACGAAUUUAUUAAAGAGGAUCUAGAUGAGAUCAUCAAAGGGGAACCUUUUCCGAAUUGGUUGGAGGAAGAGAAGAUAUUUGGGGAUGUGGGUUUGGCCUGCAGCGCAUCUUACUCACCGCCGCUUGAGCAGCACUCGUCCGCAGUUAGCACGCAAAACUUUUGGCAAGAAUUCGAAAACGUUCUCUACAGUGCACCGCAAGCGACCCCCCUAACUCCUCCCCAAAGCCCGCCGAGCUUUACAACUUUAACGGUACCCCCGGACGUCGCCGUCAUCGCCUCGACGAAACUCGCCGAUCAGGAGCAAUUUCUCAACGAAGUUCUGUCGUACGACAACACCCAACCCGACCUUCAAACCGACGUCGCGCGCGAAUUGGCCGUCGUCGACGAGCUGAUACGCGCACGCGCCGAGAACCUCAUCCAAUCGCCGCCCUCCCCCUGCAGCAACAGCAGCGACUUCUCGUCCGACGAUCCCGAGUGGAUACCCGAGACCGUCGAGUCGUCGUCCGAUUACGAAACCUUGCCCUCGCCGCCACGAGCGGAAGGCGGAGGAGGCAGACGACGCUCGAAACCGUACUCGCGCGUCGGCAACGAGGCUCGCAAGUCGCGCAAGAAGGAGCAGAACAAAAACGCGGCCACACGCUACCGUAUGAAGAAGAAAGCCGAAGUCGAGGAAAUUCUAAAGGAGGAAACCGAUUUGGCGAAGCAUAACGAGGGAUUGGAGUGUCAGAUCACCGAACUUCAAAGAGAAAUUAAGUACCUGAAAGGUUUAAUGCGGGAUGUUUUUAAAGCUAAAGGUCUUCUUAACUAACAGCCACAAUUAUUAAGCUUUUCAUUAGUUUAGCGUUUUCUAGUUUUAAGAUGAUCCAUAGACAGAUAUCAACUCGUGGGAAAAAGAAACACGAAAGAUGUUUAAGCUACUAUGUUUUAAGGUUAUUUGUAGUUUCAUUUUGGGACGCUUAUUCUAAAUCGUAUGACGCUUCGCGGCCGAAGUUAUUUCAGAAGGCGCGUCCCAAAAUUUAAUUUAGGUAGAUUUAUGAUUUGUACGAUUACUAUAUCUUUCCAUUUAUUAAUAAACUCUCUCUUAACUUUGCA